AUGACACCAGACGUCAAAUUAUCCGGUCCAUACGGCGGCCUGAAGCCCGAGCAAAUCGAGGCCUUCUGGCGGGAUGGCUACCUUAUCAUCCCAAAUGCCCUGCCGCCGACAACAACGCAGGCGCUUCUAGACGAGACGCACACAAUGCUGGAGGACUUCUCACUCGACGACCACCCCAUGACCAAAUUCAGCACGGGAGAGACGUCGGCGCAUGUGGGCGACGACUACUUCCUCGACUCGGGCGACAAGAUCCGCUUCUUCUUUGAGGAGGACGCCUUUGACCCGGCAACGGGGUCUCUGAACAAGCCAAAGGCCCGCGCCAUCAACAAGAUCGGCCACUACCUGCACGCGCUUAGCCCCCCCUUUGCCUCUCUCCUGGACCCGGCUCUCAACCCGGACCUCCUUGGCGCCGGCACCACUGGUGGCUCCGUCGAGGCCGGCCAUAAAGAGUCGCAUCCCGCAGCUGUCGCCCGUGCCCUGGGCUUCCGAGAUCCGCGUGUACUGCAGAGUAUGGUCAUCUGCAAGCAGCCCGAGAUCGGUGGCGCCGUCCCGCCGCACCAAGAUAGUACCUUUUUGUACACGGACCCUCCGAGCGCCGUUGGCUUCUGGUAUGCGCUUGAGGACGCCACUGUAGAGAAUGGAUGUCUCAGCUUCUUGCCGGGAAGCCACCGAUGGGCCUCCGUGAAGCAGAGAUUUGUCCGGGCAGGCGAGGGCAAGGGCACAACCUUCAUUGACACGGAUGGGCCUAGAUUCCCAAAUGACAAGGAGUACGGUGAGGAAAAGUCCAAUGGCACAUCAGCGGAGACGGGAGAGUGGAAGCUCGGCGAAGUCAAGGCCGGCUCGCUAGUACUGAUUCACGGCAACUUGCUUCACAAGAGCGAGAAAAACCUCAGUCAGAAGGGCAGGAUCAUUUAUACUUUCCACGUGAUCGAGGGUGAAGGUGCAAAGUACGACGAGAGGAAUUGGCUGCAGCCGCCUGCGGGAGGGUUUACGAGUUUAUAUCGAGACUGA